AUGUCAAGCUACGAUGUGCCGGACGAUAUCAUCACACCAGCGCAGUUUCGCGAGUCGAUGAAGUUGGUCAGGCUGCAAAUCGCCGUUCCCAUAUCAGUACUGGUGUCUAUGGGAGCUAACUUGGUGUGCGCACUAGCCAUCAAACCUGGACUGUCAGGUAUCAACGCUCUCAAUCCCACCCUGCUCAGCCCCAACUCGAUCAUGAUUGGUCUUUACUGGGCUGUGCUGUAUGUCAUGCAAAUUGGGUUUUGUCUCAUACUGCUCAUGGCUCGCAAGGAGGCGACGAAAGAAACUCUCGUACAUGGUGUAGGUGUCCGAUUCGCAAUCGCCAACUGGCUCAUGGCCGCUUGGGCAGUAUGCUGGACUCUGCAAUUCUUCAUCGGAGCGGAGGUGGUCAUCUUACUAAACCUCAUUAAUCUUCUCUCAAUACACCUUACAUUGCUAUACUACCCUGUCACGUUGAAAAGACCUCUCGACGCUCUAUUCAUCCAUGCCCCAAUGACUAUGCUGCUCGCUAUACUCUUCGAACUUGACUGGGCGCAUAACGGUUUCGUGGCGUUGGGAUGGAUCAUGAAGGAUGGUCAGGAGAGGAACAAGUGGGUCUGGUGGGCUGUCGGGGUAGUGGCAGGAGCCAACGUGGUUGCUGCUAUCUGGGAGGGUAUCAGAAGGAAUUAUCUCCUCACCAUCGCCUCUGAAUACCUUCUUCUUGCUCUUCUUUUUUCCUCCCCCCGAGUGAACCCAACGCUUCCUACUACCGCCCUACCAAAACCGACCGCACUCCUGGUGACCCUCAUCGUCUGUCUCGUACUACAUCCCGUGGCUUUGAUAGCGGGUACAGCUUGGGCCCGAACUCGUGAAAGGGAAGGACGAAUACGUCUGGAAGAGGAGGUGGAGAGGGCAGAGGUGGAAGAAAGAUUUGCCCAGGAGGAAGCUUCGAGAUCUUAGGUGUAAAUGCUGUCCCCUUCCGUGUAGCUUCAAUCUUUUGUGGGUGCUUCGACAGCUCCUGGUUGUUUUUAGUGAUGCCAUGUUCUUUCCCCGU